AUGGGCUUUGCCAGCUCGUUCUCCAGCUCUAGCAAGGCGAAUCCUGCUCCACAACCAAAGAUUACCAUCGUCUCCAGAGUCCGCGCCCAGCCCGCGGAUGAUGUCGCCAACGCACUCAGACCAACUGACCCUCAAACGAUUGCAACCUUCAACCUGUAUUCGAAUCCAACGCGCGACGUUGUCCUCCAGGGUGCUCCUCCAGCCAUAGGAUGCCUGUUUCCGACACGCCGUGGCUCCUCUGCUAGCUCCUCUCGCCGCCCAUCGCUUCUCGGCACCUCUCCCGUAAGCAGUGCGAGCUUAUCGUCCUUCAUGGACUCUGGUCUCCCAUCUACAGAGGCUACAUAUCCCUUUCUUGCUCUUCUCGAGGUGCUGAGAGCCGACAAGCGAUUCGACGGGCUCGACGACCUCGACGUGAUUGCAGACGCGGGUGCACUCGCCCAGAUUGUCCAUUUCCAGCGUAGUGCCCACAAAUCUCGCUGUGGCGGGCCGGCAUCGGGUCUCUCCAAUAGUGCCUGUUCAGCUUCCGACCGCACUUCGCCCUUGCUGUCCCCGCACUCUCCACUUCCAAUUUCGUCGUCGCCGCAAUCGAGCACGUUCCUCGGUCAUUUGCAUCCCAGCAGCAUCACAUCUGCUGCCGCCGGAUCUGACCAUGACCACCGGUCCAAAUAUUCUGCAUCGAGCCUGUCUGUACACUCUUUCUCCGCCCUAUCUGCAUCCGCAUCGACCUCGUUCUCAAGGUCAAAAUCACGGCUCGGCGGUGUGUUCAAAAAGGACAAGAAGCCCAGGGCAUACUCAUCCUCGUCCUCCUCGGCUUUUUCCUCUUCCAGCCGACAAUUACCAGUCUCAGGCCAGAUCGAUGAGUCUGGAGACGAGUGUAGUCAAUUGAGAUUGCACGCUCUUCUCCAUAGCAAUCGACGCACGCUCGUGCUGCUCUCGGACCUGUACGCACUUUCACCCGACUCGGAUUCCUCUUCAGAUGCAGAGGAUUAUGCUUCGACCGAAAGGCGACUUAAGGAUGCUCUGCGUGACCUGACGCAUUCGCCUGUCCAUGGCUCGAACGAUCACCGACGUGCGAUUCGGUACAGUGCAGGGGGGAUGCAAUAUCUCGUCCUGUUCAGUGCACACGCCUCGACAGCGACAUAUGAUUCUCGCUCGCCGUUUGUGCCCGUGAGCGCGGCCCCGCGUGAAUUUGUCAACUCGAAGAUUGAUUAUCAUUCAAUCCCGCGUGGCUUCGCUCUCCCGCUCGAACACGAUUUGCUCGUGCACUGUGCAUUUGCGGACAACUCUCACCCCACUUUACGAUCGUCUUCGUCAUACAAUGACAGCGACUCGUCUUCUCAAUCACAGUGCUCCAGCGUGGGUGGGAAAGCAAGACUUGAUUCAUAUCAUCACAAUUGGAGGAAGAAUACAAGAGCACGUGAUGAAAUGGCGUUUAUGCGCGUGGACAAGUUGAUGACCAUUUCGCACCCUACGUCUUCCAAGAGCGGAAGUAGCAGGUCGCUCCGACCUGCGGCCCGGGGUCGGCAUCAUACGGGCGUUGUGCAGAUCGAUGCAGAAGAGGCAGAGGAGGAUACCAAACGCGCGGCGGCUCUCGUCGCGCCAUUUGUGCGCAUGAUUCGUCAGGAACUCCUCGCCUCGACCACUACACCGGCUUCCAGACGAAAGAGGAACGCCAAUGGAGAGACCCAGCGAGAUAUGGGCAUGGUCCUCAUCCAACAAGUCGAUCCUUCUGAAGUCAUCCUCGUCAAGGACGUCGACCCGCUCCUCACGCUUCGGGACGAGCUAGAGCGGUUUGGCUCGAGACCGUAUUGA